AUGGAGCAGGAGCCCGAGACCCCAGCGUCUGGGUCGCCCUUGUCAGAUAUCGACUCCGAUGAAUUUCCUGAAGACGUCAAAUUCCACCGCAGAUCGCGUUCUCAUUCACGGGACUCUACUAUCUCUGCCUCAGACGACGAAACUGCAUCCGCUAUGAGCGCUACGGCAGCAGCCCUCGAUAUGCCUCCCGCCAAACGUCGAAAGACUGGUGCUUCAAGCUACGAUCAUGCCACCCCCCAGUCCGCUUCCACCGUCAUCCCCCCUCGCUCGCCAACAGGCUCAAUAUCAAGCGACUCUUCCGGCUCGGUGCCAACUUCGCCUUCCUUUGCCAACCUGGGUCCGACCCAUCCCUUGUCGACCGCGUAUGCGGCGGCCCAAGCCAACCCUGAAAAUCCAGAGUUGGCAGACUACGUUCAAGUGACAAAGUGUCUAUGGGACGGUUGUACCGAUCAAGAGCAAGGCAACAUGGACAACCUGGUCGCUCAUAUAAACGACGCUCACAUCGUGCCACGCCAGAAGAAGUACUACUGCGAGUGGGAAGGUUGCGCUCGCAAGGGCCAGCCGCACACGAGUGCUUACGCAUUGAAGGCUCACAUGAGAAGCCAUACCAAGGAAAAGCCUUUCAUGUGUGCUCUGCCUGAGUGCGACCGCAGCUUUACUAGAUCUGAUGCUCUUGCAAAGCAUAUGCGUACGGUCCACGAGACCGAGGCUUUGCGCCCUAGCGAUCCAGUGCCCAGAGGCCACACUGGCGGCAUUUCGAACGGAGGAUCUGGUCUUCCGAUCAAAAGGCUGAAGCUGACAAUGGGGGGCAAGACGAAUGGUGACAAAAAGGCUACUCUAGUCGGCGAUUUGCCCUCGCUACCGACCCGGUACACGGUUUCCAUGAUGGGAAUCGACCCUGAUGAUGUUGCAAUGGCGGACGAUGAUGGAUCAGAAGAGCUCGUUGACGCAGUAGACGUGGAUAGUGUUCCGAUGUCUCUGCCUCUUCCUUCAGACUACUACCCGACCGAUAUUUGGGAUGACAUGGACGAGUACGAGCGCAGUCUUCCCCCCUCACAAUGGUUCCGGCUCUUGCGUCGACAAAUACAUUGGGCUGAACAAGAAGGCCGAGAUCUACAGCAAGAACUAGAAGAUCUACGGGCGACAACGGAAGAUGCCAAGGGGAACCCCAUCAGAAGGGGCACGGGAGACGAAAAGGGAGCCGAUGAGAACAGGAGAAUAGAGUGGCAGCGGUCGGAGGAGCUAUUGGACGCAGUCUUGCGGGCUGAAGUCGGACAAGUUUUGGCGAUGUUCACUGAUGAGCAGGUGGACGAUGAUCGAAAUCCGUGGGAAUUGCUCAAAGGGCUGGAGGCGCUUACAACCACGACGACCUCGGCGGCUUCAGUGGCAUAA